GAAAUGGACGAUGAGGAUUGCGAAAGACGCAGAAUGGAAUGUCUCGAUGAAAUGUCCAACCUGGAGAAACAGUUUACAGAUCUAAAAGAUCAGUGAGUGGACAUUGAUUUCCAGAUCUAAUGUGCCUGUAUGAGCAUUACGUGUAAUUACCCUGUUGCUCUUUAAUAUUCUUGGGAACACGCUAAGCUGGUGCUUAAAUUAUUUCAUGUAUUAAAGGAUCAACUGUGUAUUCCUGACCCUAUAGUGGUAAAAACACUAUUUUGUCCCUCUUCCCCCCUGCCUCCCCCCCCCCCUUAAUUAAAUAAGGUAAAAACUUGCCUAACAGCAAUGCGCAUGUUCGCCGACGCUGUCCCCACCCCAGCUCUGCCUCAUUGACGGAGAUCAUCAGAAUUGACCAUUUCCAGUGCUUUCUCAUAGAAAUAAAUGCUGUACUGCACCAAUCCGCAUUGACUCAAUGCAUAUCUAUGGGAAAAGUUCAGCACCUCCUUGAAGAGUAUAAAGUUGCUGACCCAGGAAGCACUUCUAGAGGCUGUCACGUGACUGCUACUGGAGGUGUCUCUAGGUGGCAAUGUAAACACUGCCUUUUCUCUGAAAAGGCAAUGUUUACAUGAAAAUGCCUGCAGGGACUGACUGUAUUUACCUGAACAACUAUGUUAAGCUGUAGUUAUGAUGACCAUAGUCUACCUUUAAACCCCUCCUCCCCAAAGUCAUAACCCAACAGGAUUAUGUAGGGAUCCCUGUUUUGGCUUGGUUGCAGACAAUCCAUCUAAUUAUUUUAGAUGUUUGUUUUCAGUGCUGUAGCAUUUUCCAAGGAUGUAGCACAAGCCAAGGAGGAUGUUUCAUUCAUGAAUAGGCAUUGAUAAACCUGCCGCUCAAAGAAAUACUUAUAAAUAGGUUUAACAACUUGCUUAAUAAAUCCAUUCAUGUAUUUUCAUGGAUCGAUCAAGAAUCAACUGGGACCAUGGAAAAAGGUGGUUAUAAUGCUAAUAGUUUAGAAAAAGAAUUGUACUGUUUAAACACAAUUGGUAAAAACAAUAGAGAUGUCACUAAUUGGGCACAUAAAUAUAUAUUCACUGAUUAGAUUUACUAUUAAUAACCCUCAGGAUAUUGAUUCUACAUGAUGGGGUUGAUUUUUCCUUGUUCAUUUUGUGUAUUUAUUGGCAUGCUUCUACUGCCACUAGACUAUCACAGGAUCCAGAAAGGUGUGUGUGUGUGUGUGUGUGUGUGUGUACGCACGCAGCUGAGCCCUUCUAGCUAUAUUGUCCAUCUUCAUUUUCUACUCCAAGCAUUCACGGUGUAGCUUGGCCCUUUAAUCUCCCAGUUUGUAUAGUUCCAUACAUGCUGUCUUUACAGAAUGUCUUAUCUUUUCUGCAUUUCGAGGUUGUACAAAGAGAGGUUGAGCCAGGUGGAUGCCAAGCUGCAGGAAGUGAUAGCUGGUAAAGCUCCUGAGUAUCUGGAACCAUUGGCAACAUUACAGGAAAACAUGCAGAUUCGAACAAAAGUUGCAGGUAUGAAGCUAACUUUAUUAGUUAACGUUUUUUUUUUUUUUUUUUUAGUGUAAGGAAAAUCACAAAUAUGCCGAAAAACACUCUUGCUUCCCAAUAUAAAUUAUAUGCCUGGAGAGUUAUGCAUUUUGCCGGUUGCAAUGGUGUAUGCUCACUGCACAUUGGGUUUAAUUCAUCCAGUGGUUACAGUGGAUUUUCCUGCAUGGAUAGCAGCAUUACAUACCAUAGGUGUUCCUUCCAUAGUAUGCAACAGACACAACAUUCUGAAACCUAGGACUUAUUUAAGGACAUCCUCUUCCAUUUGUAUAUUCUAGUCAAGGGGUAGGCAACUUUCAGCAUUCCAGAUGUUGUGGACUACAUCCCCCAUAAUGCUUACACACAUAAUGCUGGCAAAGCAUCAUGGGAUGUGUAGUCCAAAGCAUCUGGAGUGCCGAAGGUUGCCUAUGCAUGUUUUAGUCCAUGUCAAAAAUAGACCAUGAUGUUUAAGCUUGGGCAGUUGCUAAGACACAUGAUUUGCAAUACUGUCCACCUGGAAUUAUGGAUCACAUUCCAAAGAGAUUCCAUACACUUGAUGUCAGAGCUGCUACCAGUUUAACUGGUUAACCGUGGGUGCUAGUCAGCCUGUCUUACUGUUUACUCGCCUUGUCCUCCAACACACUUUGAAAAACAAUAUUUCUUUACUUAAAAGGUUUUCUUUCCGGAGAGUGGAGACUUCAGAUUGUGGCUCUUACUCCUUGUAUUUGUCUGAUUCCUCCUCUUCUGAUAUGGAGUACUCCUCUGGUUUUUGUAGCGUUUGAUUGUUCUAUAAAUUACUUUAACCACAGUCACAUGAAAAAUAAUCUGUAAAGAGCUCACUCUUUUCCCAUUCACUCUCUUUGAGAAGGCCACACAGAGAAUGGCAGGCUCCUAAGACUACUUUCAGUUAGAGGAAGAUAAACCUUUAUGUCCGUAUCCCCAUUGCUCGUUUGGAUAAGAAGACUGCUCUUAUUACCUUCAUAUCAAGAUUCAGUUUGUAGAUCAUGGUUUUGUUGCAUACACAGACAACCACUUGAAAAUUAAGUUCAGAGGCAAGUAAAACAAAGGAAAUUGAUGCCCGGCCAGUAGGAAGAAGACCUCUGUGUUUUCAACAGAACACAAGAUUGCUGAGUACUGGCUGUCAUUAAAGAAGUUUACAAGAGAGAAUUCAGCAGUGUUCCUCCUCCCAUUUGUGUUCAAAUGCUUUCAGUGAAAUGGUUUCUUAAGUCACAGUGGAAAAUUCUUUAUGCAGUGCAAGUGAUAUAAGCCGUACUUCUGUCAGAAACUUUCAUAUGGGACUUACAUGAGAAUCCAUGAGAGUUUUAGUAAGGAAAAAAAACUAGAUACUCUGCAAAUCCAUGGCUGGAUUAUUAAAGCGGUAACUGUAACUGAUAGAAUCUUAGAGGGUCUCGCGGGAUAGUACAGAAGUGACGUUGGCUCCUCGGCUGGAGAUGACAUGCCAGAAAGAGAUGGCUGCGUGAGGGAAAGGUUCAGGUAAGUAGAACUCACCUUAACCUGCUCCCCCAGCUGAGACCUCUAGAUUGGGGGAUCGGGUCUUAGAAAAUUAUGCUAUUAUUACAAUAGGAGUUUCUUUCAAUCUGCAUUUCUGGGUAAUCGAUACAACAGUCACUAGUGCAUCAAGUUGGUGAGUGCAUUGAGGAUAGAGGACUACAAGUGAUCUCUGGAAUCCAGAAGGUAUCUUGUUUUCCAAAUUUAAGACAUUAAAAGCAGUCUGUAAGAGUUAAGAGCAGAGUUGUGACCUAACAACUGGUUAACAGUGGCCUACCUGAAUUGUCAAGGGGCGACUCUACCCAUACCGGUCUACACUGAAGCAAAAUUGUGUUGGGCAGAAGAAAAUGAAAUGCACAGAGCAGAGAGUACAUCAUAAACAAGCAGUUUGGUCGCUUUCAGAAGACCUCAGCAGAUGGAGAACAUAUUUUGAGUUUCAGAAGUGGAUUUCAUGGCCACAAGGGAGAGCGAGAAACCACAAAGUGACGAGAUUCUUGCAGUUUGACACUCAAAGUUAAGUUUUCAGAUAUUGUGGAACAUUCAAAAAUCAUUUUAUGGCAUUUACCAAUUCAAGAGAACGUCCUGCUAAAUCGGCUGGUUCCUGUCCAGCUUGUCCUUGGGAAGAGCUACACAAGAUCCUAAAAUGUACUGCCACUAAUCCUAAAAUAAAGAGAAUUCAAGUAACCUGAACUUUAAAGAUUACCAUCUAGGCUAUAACCAUUUGCAAAUUGCUCUUGGCCAAUAUAUAGUUUCGUAUUUUACUAAUGUUAGUGGUUUUAAACAUAUGCUGUCAGUACUUUUAUUUUUUUCCCGUUUAAAAAUAAAUUUUAUUCUACAUGUUCAGCUGCUCUCCGUGUUUUCACCAAGGUUUUUUUAUUUUUUAUUUUCUUUUUCUUUUUAAGGAAUAUACCGUGAACUGUGUUUGGAAUCUGUGAAGAACAAACAUGACUGUGAAAUCCAAGCUGCGCGCCAGCAUUGUGAGGUAAAUCUGUUUUUUGUGUUAUGAAGCAGAAAGUUGUAUGACUGAGCCUUGCUGCGCAAGUAUCUAUAGCCACCCAGUGAAGUGUAAAUUACAGACGAAUGUAAUCCAUGGUGUAAGCUUGCUGUGCUUGGUAAUAGUGUGCGUAGUCUGUUUUGUUUUUGUUUUUUUCCUUUCAUUUUGUUAAUCUUCUAGCAGCACUGUCACUAGUAGUGUCUUUAAAAUGUGAUUUUAUUUAUUUUGCAAAUUCCUGUCAGAUAACAUGCUUGCUAGGGGGGACUGGUAUUUUUAGAAUUCCUUUGUCAAUCCUCAACACUUGCAGGUUAAGGGACCAUGUCCCACUUGUCUUUCCAAUAAUGCAAUCACAUUAUCCCACUUGUCUGGUCAAUAGUCGGUUUCUAUCACUUUUAUAUCUUGCGUUUAUGAUAAAAGAAUUCCUCAUGAAAAAUGUAUUGAUGCUAAAACAGUAAAAUGACCCAAGUAGUGUGAAGGUUGAAUGGAAACCUGAUAGUCUCUAUCCUGUUUACCAAGCUAUUUUCUUUGAACAGUGCUAUCUGCAGGAUCUGUAUAAAUUUGCCAUGUGGCUCUUUUAUGAAAUAAAAUACUGUAUAAAGAGUGCAGGGAAGUCGCACCUUCAGAAUGUCUUCAAAUAAGUGUAGUGGUGAAACGAUAUGAAAGAUAGGUGGACAAAAAAACAAACAAAACCUUUUAAUAUAGCGUAGUAGUUUUAGUUACUGAAUAAAUAAGAAUGGCACUUACAGUUUUCUGGGACUUAUGAACAGCUUGAGAUAUGUGUGCCUUUGCAGUACUAUACCAGUCUGUGGAUAUGUUGAUUGGUUUGGACCUUUUAUAGGAAUGUGUUCCAGACCAGGAGAUUAUGUUGCCAAGCGUUGGGUAGUAUGUUCCUUCAGUCUGCGGUGUUGUGGCCAUGGAAAUAACCCAGUAUACACACUAGAAAUAAAACUGAAUAUAGUGCUCUCUGAAUGUCACAUCUUGAGGACUGGUUUGGAAAUCACUGCUCUAGACUUUGUCAAGUAGCUUUAGGAGGGCAAUAGCCGAAAUGCUGGUAUUUUUAUUGGUCAGUAUUCUAGGUUAAUGCAUGAGCACUUUACCUUGGAUUAUUGUGAUGGCAUAUGUGAUCUAUUAUGCACUUUAAUACUUUAUUUUUACUAUAUGUAUAAUCACAUGUUAAGUGAAUAAAGUCUGCAAUACUUUGGUGUGCUAUGGGUUUUUUAUAUAUGGUUUCUAUGACCAUGUUGGUGUAACAGGUUUUUCUACCUAUUGAGCACUAUUUACAUGAUUCGCUGAUUAACCCGUAACAGUCGAGCGCUAUGUUUUGGUUUUUGGUUUUUUUCGUUUUUUUUUGCAAAGUAACUGUAAGACCAGACUAGCAACAUACAUGGCUUGGAAUUUUGAUCCCUAUUAAUGUAAUUAUAUCAUUUCAGAGUGAAAAACUUUUGCUCUUUGACACGGUCCAGAGUGAGCUAGAGGAGAAAAUCCGCAGGCUGGAAGAAGACCGUCACAGUAUAGAUAUCACAUCAGGUAAAUAUUUUUACGUUUAUGAAAUUAACCAGUAGGUCUAGUAUGUCAUAAGUACAGCAAUUUGUUAGAUAAUGGUAAAAAUUGUAUUACACUAAUAUCUAAUAGUCUUGCGGCUUCUAAGAUGCAUGCUGAGUUGACGGACUCGCUAGUUACAAACUGUGUGUAUUAUCUCUGUUAUUUGGUUGGUUAAGAUGCCUGUUCUUGUAUGGCUUUUCUUCACAGAGCUAUGGAAUGAUGAAUUGCAAUCUCGACGGAAGCGCAAAGAUCCCUUCAGUCCUGAUAAAAAGAAAAAACCUGUUGUUGUCUCUGAUAUCCUUUUUUUUAAUGUAAAUUUCCAGUUUUUCAUAUUGGUCUAGUUUGUAUAAAUGUACUUAAUGAGCCAUCCGUCCCAUUGAUGGUUAAAUGAAGUUAUGUCAAAUAACUUAAAAAAAUAAAUAAAUAAAUCAUUGCCUUGUAUAUUCACACUAUGCAUGCCAGCACAUGUAAAUCUGCAACCUGGCAUCCAUGAAGAAGUUAAAAUCACUAACACUGUUCCUCACCACCCCCCACAUUGGAAAGAGGUAAAUAACCUAUGUUCACUUGCCCGAUUCCAGUGCCGAGGGAAAUUAAAAAUUGCCAUUAACGCCUUAAGGACCAAACUUCUGGAAUAAAAGGAAAUGACAGGUCAUGUGUCCUUAAGGGGUUAAACUUACCUUUACUUCAGCACUAGAAGCCUCUUCCAAGCCAGUUUCUCUUUAACCCUGAUGCCUUUUGUUUAGUUAGAUCUCCUAUAGAAGCAUUUAGGACACGUGUGGCAAUUUUCAUGUUUUGCCUGUCCAAUACUUCUUAAUGAAAUGUAUUGAAUUCAAUGCUUUUCAUAAAGUAUAAGCCAUGCUGUGUGAAGAUCUUAAAAAAAAUAAAAAUAAAUAAAAAUAAAAAAAAAAGUGUUGAGGAGUAAGCGUCUCUCGUGGCUCUUGAAGAGAGACUAGAAGUAUGUUUUCUAAACCUUAUCUUUUUAUUUUUUAUUUUAUUUAUUUUAGAAAUGGGUAAUGUUUUAUUUUGUCUGAGAAAAGUGGCAGUAUCUAUGCACCAAAACAGCAAUAAUAAAGAUGAUGUGGUUUUGGUGCUUGGGGUCACUUUUAAUAAACCUGGAUUGUUUUAAAGUAGCGUUUUUUUUUUUUAGGGCAUGUGAUAUAUUAUAAUUUUAUUUUAUUUUUCAAAUUCCCUUUUAGUGUAGAGAUUAAAAAAAAUAAAAAUGUUCCCCUUUUGUGUUACAUCUUUAAUUUGAGUGCUCUAUAAGCUUGUUAUUUUAAUAGUGGCUUCCUUUAGUAAUCACUUAAUGGUCCUGUAUAUAUUAAACUGCUCGUAGUCGUCCAUUUAUUGAAAUCUGUCUCCCCAGGAAUUUGGCAGAAUGUCCAUUUACUGCCAUCAUAACCAAUUAUCUGAUUAAUGCAGCAAAGCCCGUCUAACCUUGCAUUUACAUGCAACUCUCCAGCUGGGCCUUAAAUCUACCCACACAAGCAGAUUAGCUUUUUGUCUAGAUUACAUUUGAGUUAGGGGGUUUUGAAGCAUUUGAAGAUAUAGUUCUUAGGACUGAAUGGACAACUGACUUGGUUGCAUUUAUCCUAAGUGCAAAAUGUAUUUAAGGAAAAAAAUGUUUAACCUAUUAUUGGCAUAACCAAUGGAAAACAGCUGUUUACUAUAUUGCCACAGUAUUUAUGCACUUUUCUAAUAGCCUCUUAAUAUUUCAUAUAACUAUUUAAUUUUUCUCUCUAUAAAAUAGACAUCUGGAUUUCUUAACGCAUUAUUCAGAAGUCCUCCAUUCUUAAUAUUUUGGUAUUUAUUAUUUUAAAACUUCACGCUCCAUAACCACUACAGCAUGCCAUAAUGGCUAGUGUGCCAGUGGCUCUCCCCAAUGUAAGUAGUGAAAUCGAUUUGACUACUUACCUGCAUUCAGCCGUGCAACCGUCACUUUGCCACUGAGAGCUGCAAACUCCUGCCUGGAGCUUCUUUUAGCUCUUCUGAGCUACAGCGUGCACCUUUGUGUCAGUGGAGUAGGUCAACGGCAGAAGCCAAGGUAGGUUGGCAGACCAUUUGACUACUUGAAUUUGGAGGGUGCUAGGUCAUUCCUAGUGACUACUACAGUAGUUUGGAUGCAUUAGACUAAAAUGGGUAUGCCAUUAUCUGACUGCAUUUUUCUGAGGAUUUGUCAACAGAAUGUGUAAAUAUUCAUCGAAAAUAUGAUAAAAUUAUUAGCUACUUUUUAUUUGCUGAAAUCAUAAGUAGCCAUAAAAAAAAUGUUUCUUGGGAUAUUUGGCACAUAUGUCACAUUUUAAGGUGACUGCCACCAGAUUACUGUAGUUUUCCCUUUUCGUAGCACUCUAGAAAGGAAAUGUGUUCUGAAUAUGAAUAUAUAUUUCAAAGUAUUGCUUUCUUUAUCCUUCUUACGUCCAUAUAUUGUUUACAUGUUACAAGACCUGGAUAUACUUGAAGACUGGACAACAAUAAGGAAGGUGAGUUUGUGAAGUGUUGGCAAUUUAUCGUUGUCAAGGGUUCUAUACAGAAAGUUUACUUCUAUUUACAUGCCUGGAUAUUCUGCUCAGAUUUACAAAUUUAUCAUGGGGAGAUCAAAUGGAAAAUAAGUGGAACAAGUUUACAAUCUAGGAGAUUAAGAUAGAACUCUCUGUUUUCUUGUUCUGUAUGCACAAUUUCACUUAGGGGGACAUUCUUGGUACCCAUUAAUUUAGUUUAUUAUAAUGCUUAACCAUAAAGAAGAAAAAGUUUUUAUACCUCAAUUCCAACCAUCUGCAUCUCCCCCGACCUGUUUGCACUUGUGCUUCAAAUGUUACUGCCCAAAAUGUCAUGAGAUGGAGUUCUGUAAUUUCUAGUUCCAUUUGUCUUUCUAAAGUAAAAAGUGGACCAGAACUAUAACUACAUCUACAGUUUCACUUGUUUAGAUUACAGUUAAUUUGUUAUGGUCUUUCAGUAAAGCCUGAGUCAGUGAACCCAUGAAAAAAUACACUUUAACCAAUGACUGUUUUUGCUGUUUUAUAAAACCUGACCUGUAGAGAACACAUUCCAAAAUGCCAUUCCACCAGUGCUGCGUGGUAGUGCUGAUUGUAAAUAAGAUAUUUCACGCUAGCGUAAAGUCUUCAUAGACCAGGUUUUAAUGGUGCAAAAACUACUGGUUCCUUUGGGUAAGUCGCUUCCGGAAAAUUCUAAACACAAGCAAUGGCUUGCCCAAAAAUAAUUCUCCCCACCCCCCAAAAAAAACCACUUUGUAGAAGUUUAUGGAGGUUUUACAACCCGAACAGCUUGAGGUUCUAUAUAUUAUUUACAUUAAUGUAAUGAUUCAAUAGACUAUCGGAUAUAAGAUAACAAUUUAUUUAGAUUUUAUUUAUUUUUGAGCCUUGCUGAGAAAGUCAAUAUUAAUGAGUGCAUACUACAUUGUGUAAUUCUAGGAAAUGCAGGCUGAUGUUACAAAUUUAUUCACACAAUGUAUUACAAAACCGAGAAAUCAUAACAUCUGUUUGCAAGGCUGUUAUUGGAUAAAAUGUUGGCAAAUUUUCUCUGAGAAUUAUUUUAAUUUGGUAAUUAACAUCUACUAUGUUGGUUUCUUAGAGUAAUGUGUGAAAUACAUUAUAAUUUUUUUUUUAUUUUUUUUUCCUCUUUCUUUUUUUCCCCUCUUUCUUUUUUCCCCCCCAAACAUUUUAUCAUCCAGGCCAUGGCCACAUUAGGACCUCAUCGGGUAAAGUCAGAAGGUAAGUUGUGGUCGGUGAGAUUUUGUCCUUUAGACAUACAGGACACAGCAGACCAGUCACUAUAGUAUUAUCUAAAUCGGUAUGAUUCAUUUGUAUAUAAAUGAGCAUUUAUACACUAUACAUAUAGUGGACUAGAUGGAAGCUAAGGGCUUGACCCUAAUUCCGCUAGAAUGAGAAAAUUAUAGGGGAAACCAAAGCAAGAUAAACUCACAUCUAGUGCAUUAUCAAAACAAUGCAGUAAGGAAAUGUAACAAGUUUUCAUUAACAGUAGGGUAAAACGUAUUCUGUAUUAAAUAAAUAUUUUUUUUUUUACAUUCUUUAUUUUUGUAGUGCAAAUCAAGCAAGUAAAAGCAUUGAGACAUGGGUGUAUAUGUAAUAUGGAACCAGGGCCGGCCUUAGGCCUUUAGGCGCCCUGUGCGAAAAAUAUUCACAGCGCCCCUCCAUGGUCACAUGCCCUCAUCCAUCUUGUAAAAAGUCCAUUACAUAGGUGUUACGUAUUAACGUGAUUUCUGGACAUAUCAUACAUAUACACGUAUAUUAAUACAUUUGUAAAUAUUAUAGGUGUAAUAAAACAUAUAAUAAUAAUAUUAAUAAUAAUAAUACACCCAUAUUAAUAUACAUGUAUAUUUAAAUAUUACUCUCAGAAAUCAUGAGCAGAAAAUUAUAUAUAUAUAUAUAUAUAUGUAUGUAUGUAUGUAUGUAUGUAUAUAUGUAUGUAUGUAUGUAUGUAUGGGCUAGAAGAAUUCCUCCCACGUGUAUAGAUUUGGGAAAAACAAACCUAUGUGAAGGAACACUCAAGCAUUAGGAGUAAAAACACAUUUCUAACAAGUGUCCUGACUCCCUGAAAUUGCCAUGCCAUUAUGUUGUGUGUGGAAUAGGGAUGUAGCGUGUUUGUGUGUGUGUGUGUGUGUGUAGGUUAGGUAAUGUGUGUGUGUGUGUGUAGGUUAGGUAAUGUGUGUGUGUGUGUGUGUGUGUGUGUGUGUGUGUGUGUGUGUGUAAAGGGGAUGUAGUGUGUGUGCAUAGGGUAUAUAGUGUGUAUGUGUUUAGGGAACGUAGUGUGUAUGGGUGCAAGUUACGUAGUGUGUGUAUAUAUAGGGAGCAUAGUGUGUCUGUACAUUUUGUAGUGUUUGUGAGAUAUCUAGUGUGUAUGUGUAGAGAACAAAGUGUGUUUAUAGGGAGCGUUGUGUGUGAGUAGAUUAUGUAAUGUGUGAGUAGAUUAUGUGGUGUGUGUGGAUUAUAUAGUGUUUAUGUGAGUAGAUUAUGGCGUGUGUGUAUAGGGGAUGUUCUGUGUGAGUAGAUUAUGUAGUGUGCGUGAGUAGAUUAUGUAGUGUGUGUGUGUGUGUGUGUGUGUGUGUGUGUGUUAUGGAGUGUGUGUAGGUAACACAGUAAGGGUGGGAUAGUGAUGAUUUGUGGGUAGGAGGGGGUGACAUAAGGCUUUAAAUGAGGAGAUGGGAGAGCAAUUUCAGGUUUUGUUUUCUUAAAAUUAAUUAAUGUUGAUUCCCCCCUUCUGCCCCCCUCGUUCUUGCAUACCUUUGGGCAGGGAUGGGGGAAUACUGAUGACCUGGUGGUCCAGCGGUCUCUGCCAGUCCUUUCAGAACACGAGCCCUCCUCUAGCAAGCUCUGCGUUGAUAGUAUGAGAGCGUUGCCACGGCAACACUCUGAAUGCCAAGCUCGCGAGAGGAGAGCAGAUUUAAAGCGCUCAAUGCUCGCUCCCAUCAUCCAAACAGCGGGCCAGUGAGGGAGGUCCUCAAUCUACUCACCAGCCAAUAUCAAAGCAGAGCGCACUCUGUAAGGGUCGACCAGCUGGGGCGCAAUCUUUCACCCACCAGAGCGCUCUGAGGUAGGGCAGGACCUGGUUGUGCGAGCUGUGUUGGUUGCCCGGCGCCCCUGUUGGCAUGGCGCCCUGUGCGGCCGCACAGCUCGCACACCCCUAAGGCCGGCCCUGUAUGGAAUGUAAAGAACACUGCACUAUUUUUGGCUGUAUUUAAAAUGUAAUUCUCAUCUUUUAUAAAUAUAAAAUGCAACAUGCCCAUAGAUUGGUUCGUACUGGAAAUCAUUAAUUCAUUAAAUAAAGACACUCUAAACCCUACAUUUAAAAAAACAAAACAAAAAAACCCCAGAAGAUCCGCGUCCUCUUUUGGCACAAUCUAUUCAGUUUGUUUCCCAUUUGUUACCACAGUUGUUACAGUAAUCUUUUCAACAUUAUUUGUGUUGGAAUUUUGUAUCAUAUGAUGCUAGUGUUUGAUUACAUUUGUAGCAGAGAAACUUUCUGCUUUUUUCCAUGAGUUCUUCCAUCUAUUUGUAAUUCUGUUGCUAUUUCUUUAAACAGCAUUUAUAUGUAGUCUGUAUUUCUAGUAGACGUGUUUUAGAAUCCAGUAUAUUUGUGCACCUAGACUAAAUAACCUCCUUUCUUUAGGUUCUUCCCUUUUACUAUACACUGGUCACUUAGUGGCUCCGAUCUAUUAUGAAACCAUAGAUAUGUAUGGAGUAAAAUAAAUAUUGAAUUUUCAACUUUGCACUAAUUAUAGGUCAAAUACAACAUUAUACCGUGCUUUAAAUGUGACCCUAGUAUUGUGUAAUAAUUCUUACUUUCACUUUAUAAUGUUAUGUAUGUGAUUUGUUUCAAUAACAUGAUUUCAUGGUUGUGGUUUUGUCGCUUUUGUUUGUGUUCUUUUAUGCAGGAUGUUGAUUUACUCGAUUUGGAUUGUUUUGAUUAGGAGAUGAAUUUAUUUUGUUCUGGUUCCCCAUACAUUUUUCUGUUUUCUGUUUUGUGCAGCCUUACAAUCCACUUGCUGUGGAGUAUUUUUAGUGCAUACAGAGAACACAGAUUAAUUUUAAAACCCAAACGAAAUCUGCCACGUUUGUAAAAGCCAUUUGAUAGGCUGGGACAUGGAUGAAGUUGAAACUGCUUUUGUUUCUUAACCCCUUAAGACCGGAGGGCGUACUAUUACGCCCUAUUCUAAGCGGCUCUAAACACCGCCGGGCGUAAUAGUACGCCCUUCGGUCUUUUCCUACUUAUCCGGUCGCCGGCGUUCGGGGGACUCCCAGGGAGCCCUCCGCAGCACGUCCGACGUCCUCAUGUACAGGUUUUAUGGUGUUUUCAAAAGUUACAGCGUCAAAUAUAAGGCUUGCGUUUCAUUUUUUUCACAUUAAAAUUCGCCAGAUUGGUUAUGUUGCCUUUGAGACCCUAUGGUAGCCCAAGAAUGAAAAUUACCCCUAUGAUGGCAUACCAUUUGCAAUAGUAGACAACCCAGGGUAUGUCCAGUCUUUUUUAGUAGCCACUUAGUCACAAACACUGGCCAAAAUUGGCGUUUUUUGCAUUUUUCACACACAAUCAAAUACUAACGCUAACUUUGGCCAGUGUUUGUGACCAAAUGGCUACUAAAAAAGACUGGACAUACCCCAUUUGCAAUACCUUGGGUUGUCUACUAUUGCAAAUGGUAUGCCAUUAUAGGUGUAAAUUUCAUUCCCGGGCUACUAUACAGUCUCAAAGGCAACGUAACCAAUCUGGCGAAUUUCAAUUUCAAAUGUAACAUGCUAUAUUUGACCCUGUAACUUCCCAAAACGCCAUAAAACCUGUACAUAGGGGGUACUGUCUUACACGUGAGACUUUACUGAAUACAAAUGUGUAUUUUAUUGCAGUAAAAGCAAACCGUAUUAUGACAUUGACCGUUAAAAUGUCAUGUAGAACUAAAAAAAUCCAAAAAAAUCUUAUUUUCUCCCAUUUUUUUUAAGUUACAUUUUGCAUUCGUGUUAUAAAGUGUGUUGUUUUUAUUUUUUUUUAUUUUAUUAUUAGUUAGACUUUUUCUCUUUCUUUUUCUCUAGUGACUGUAAAACUGGAGAAACAUCAACAUAGUGCCAAAUCAGAAGAGGGUCGCCUACACUAUGAUGGGGAAUGGUACGGACGAGGACAAGCCAUCUCCAUUGACAAGAAGGAUGAAUACCCAACCAGGUAUAGGACCUUCUAAAAAAAGGAUAGCUGAAUAUACCAUUAUCAUACUACAGUAUACUGUCAUAUUUUAUUUUUGUUCCAAAUAUAAUGAGCUACUUGGAAACAUUUGAGGGCUGCUGCUUUCCCAGAAAUCUGUCUCUACUGGGCAGUCCCAAAAGUAGAUGGACCAUAAAGGGGCAGAAUCGUCCCUAAAAUGAGCAUUUUUAAUUUUUUAUUUUUUUUUACUUGGUUUAUUAUGCAGAUUUAAGUAGGACGUGUGUGGGGCUAAAAGCAGCUUCAUGCCUUUACCCACAUUAACGUGUUGCCCUUGAAACCUGGCUAAUGCCUGCCUUAUCUGAAGCUUCUAGUGGGAUAGCAACACAUACCCGUGCUUGCUACUUAGCUGGUAGAAAGUGCAUCUUGUUAUUGGUUUGCUGUAUGUUUUUUAUUUUUUAAAUGCCCCACUCCUUCAGUUUAGUAAACCUAAAAGAAAUAUUAAUAAUCAGGUUCCUCCUAACAGAUGCUUCCAUGAAGGUGAGGCUUUUAUAGAGACAUACGCUAUUCCCAUGACUCUGCAAUCUGUUUGAAGGUAUGUAACAUAACCACACAUCUCCUGACCAACUGCCUUUCCUUCUUCAGGUUUUCUUUUUCUUUUUAUACUGUAGUGUGAAGACUAUCUAAAAAAAAUAAUAAUAAUCUUUGCACCUUGUGUGCUAAUGCAUAGAAUGAUAUUUAGAGGUUUAUUUAGGUUUAAAAAUCUGUUUUAAAAACACCAUAAAAAAGGAAGAUGUUCCAAAUACAAACCCCAAAAUUAAUUUUCUAAAUUGUAUCCUUUUUCUUGUGCUUUAUUUUAUACUCCAUUUUUUUUUUUUCAUGAACAUUAAAUCUACUUUUACGGUCACCCCUACUCCCCCCUUGUUUUUUUACAUUUAAUUUUUUUUUUUUUUUCUUAGUGCGAUCAUUACAACAAUAAACAGCGAAGAAGUUUGGUUUAAAAGACAAGAUGGCAGCAAGUCCAAACUAUAUAUUUCACAGCUUCAAAAAGGAAAAUACAGCAUAAAGCACAUCUGAUUAUGUACUUUGUUUCAACUGCCACUUGUCAUUUCUGAACUGGCCUCUGGGACAAUCUGUGCCAUUCAAAGGAAUAUACAUAGAUAUCUUUCUAUAUAUAUAUAUAUUUAACUACCUGUGUUCUUGUAUUUGCAAAUAUUACCGAGCCUGUGCUUGUGAGCGUGUAUGUGUUGACUGUAUGUUAUUGUUUAUCAUAUUGCGCAUUCAAUUAAGAUAAUCAUCAGUGGAAAAUGUUAUAGAUGUAUUUGAGUUCGGUAUGGUAUUUGAAAUACAGCGUGACCUCAUUUAUUGCCAAAUCCUAUUAAGCUGUGCGAUUCUUCAAAAGGGAAUAUUGACUGUGGGAAAUUUUGAAGCUUAUGUGGUUGGCCAACUUUAUACAAUAUUUACAAAUGGCUAUAGAAUGCUGGUAACUUAAUCAGACAAAGCUUUCUAAGCAGAAUCACCCACUGCGUGUAGCUCACAUCUUUUUUAAGUAUUUAUAUGCAUGCAUAUAUCUGAAACCACUGCACAAAUUUAAGUGAUACGGUUGUAUAUGUGUAUGUGGGAAAAAAAAUAUUUUUUUUUGCUUCCCUGUAUUACAUAGACACUUAUGACUCAUCUCUCAUUGUGAGUUUAUGUGCAGUUCUACAAGCUGUAAGUAGAAUUGCAGUAGCCUGUUCUAAUGAUUUUUUUUUUCAAGUGUCUUUGCAGAAUUUAAUUUAAAGAUAUGUGACUUGUAAACAAAACAAAUCUGAUUUUAGUAGUGUUUUUUUUUUUUUGUAUUUUUUGUAUUUUUUUUGGUUUGUUUAUCUCUUCUCUCCCCCCCCUUAAAGUUGAUUUUUAGUUUUUCUUCUCAAAUCUCUUGGAGGAAAGGGACAGAGAAGAUGGCAGGUGGUAAUCUGUCUGCCUAAUAGUAUUACAAAGGGAUGUAUGCUCUUAGGGCCCUGUAUUAAUGAAAAGAUAAUAUUCUAGUUUGCUCUUUGUAUGCACCUAGCUGUCAUCUUUAAGCUAUACUUUGAAGUAAAUGCUAGCUUGGACCAAACUUGAUGUAUUCAGUCCUGUUUACCUUGAAUUAAUUCUAAAGAUAAAUAGUUAAAUUUCAAAUAGCAGUUGAUCUGUCUAUUUUGGAACUGGCAGUCUUUAAACCAUGAUAUUGGGAGAUGUUCUCGUAAAGUCUAACACCGUAAUACAGGAUUAAUUUAAUCGUGCUGCUAAAGCUUGCAGAAUCAUUGAAAGUCUGCAAGUGCCUAAAUACAAGAUGAUCGUGUUUAAAUUAUACAGUUUUACAAACUGAGUAUUUGGAUUGCACAGGUUCUUGGGUGGAGAUCUCAGUAGAUGACCUGGUGUAGCUCACUGUGCAUGUAUUAAUUGAUAAGAUUAUUGGAAACUGCCAUAGUAAACGCAGAUUUAUAUAGUCCCCAUGCCAACUGUUAAACUGUUAUUACUUACCCUGUAUUAUUUUUAUUAAACCUAUAUUUCUAUGUAACUUCCAUAAUUCUAUGCCUCGUUCCUCUAAACGGGCUACAUUUAGCCAGUAAAGCACCAGGUAUAUGGCAGAGAAAUAAAUGUAAAAUAUUCAGUCUUUCUAUGUCGUUCAGAGGGGCUUUAAACAUCUGCUAUCCUUCAUCUACUUUGUGCAGAAGCCUUUGUAUGCCAAAGUACAAUGGUUGUAAGAUAUAUGUAUAUCUAUCUCUAUAUCUCUUAUCCCCCAACAUAUACUCUUUGGAGGGUGGGGGGGGGGAGGUUGUGUAAAUGUUUCCGCUUUUAUUUUUUUUCUAUAGUGUGAAAUGUUAUGUCUUAAGAUUUUUUUAUUUUUUUUCCUUGCAACUAGGUGUCAAAUGUAGCAAAGCGAUGCAGAUUGCCUCUACAGCAGGGUUGCCCAAAAGGUGGAUCCCCAGAUGUUUUAAAACUACAGAUUCCAUGAUGCCUUGUCAUUCUAAAAAGGCACACAAAAGAAUCAUGGGUGGGAGUUGUAGUUCUUCAACAUCUUGGGAUCUACCCUUUGGGCACUUCUUCUCUACAGCAGUCUCCGUGAUAGUGGACUUCUACUUCCCUCCCCGAGCUCUGCCCCUACAUACAUGUAUACUUUUAACUUAUAUGUUUUGUGUAAAAUCAUGAAAGGAACAUAAAGCACCAUAACCACAACAAAUAUAUUCAUGUCUUAUUGUGCUUACAAUGUCCAUAUAAGUUUGCCAUCUAGUUAUUCUUUCACAAAUCCUAUUUAUUUCUAUAUAAGAGCUUUGACACGUGAAAAUAGAAUUUUUUACCUCUCAGGAUUAAAAUGUUUUGGGGUUUUUUUUUCGUUUUUUUUUUUUUCAUUGGGAGUCUUAUUGAGAUGUGCAAAUUGCUCAUGUCUAUUGAUUACAAGGAGAACGAGGGGGCGGCGGCAAGAUCAUCUUUCUACCCUAUGUCUAAACAAGGGAGGGAAAUUAGAUUAUUAAAAAAAACCUAUAGGAAUGGUAGCGAGGAAAUUAUUUUAUGCAUUAUCUUCCCCCAUCCGGUUUCUCUGCCUCUUUUAAAUCCUUUUAAACGUAACUUGGCCAUAUUAAUUGAGUACCAAUUUUAAUGCUGCUUGCAUUGUGCUUUCCAUGGCGAUUGAGGGAUGGCUUACACAUUUUAUCCAAUGUUGUCUUGACUGCUGUUUAAACGGUUUGUUACUUCUAGCUAUGUCAUUCUAGAACAAGUUGGAAAGUUAAUAUGCCAAACAUUCUUUUUUAUUAUAAAAAUGUUUUAACUCUUAAAGGGCUGUCAAGUAUGCCAUAUCAGUUACUCUUUUUCUCAAAGCAUUGGUUAUAUUACCAGUCUGUAAUUAAGUUGGGG